AUGAAUAAAAAAACAAUUAUAUGUUUUUGUAUUGCAUUAUCAAUUUUAUUUUUUUCAUUAAUAAUCGAUUCUCAUAAUACAGUAAAAACAAAAGAUACAGUUGAUGAUUGUUGUUGUAAAAAAUCAAAUAUAGAUAAGUCAAACGAUAAAGAAAUUAAUGUAUUAUUAAAUAAAAUAGUUAAAACUAGAUUUUUUAAAUAUUUUAAAGCAAAUUUAUUUAGUGAAUGUCCAUUUUGGGUAGUUACAGCAUUAUGUGGAUCAGAAGGAUGUGGUGUUUGUGAAUGUGAUGAUAAUGAGAUACCAUUACCAUGGAGAAUUGAAGAUACGACCAGUGAUAAAGUUGAUAUGUCACCACCACCACCAGGAUUUCAAAAAUGGAAAGAUAAAAAAGAUGAUAUGUGGGUAGUGGUAGCGGGGCCCGAUUCAGAGUCAACAUAUGUGGAUUUAUCGAAAACACCAGAAUCCAACACUGGUUAUGACGGAAGUUCAGUAUGGUCAGCGAUUUACAACGAAAACUGUUUUCACAGACCAGUGGACCAAAUGUGUUUAGAGGAACGUGUAUUCUAUAAACUAAUCUCUGGUCUACAUUCAUCAAUAACCAUUCAUAUCGCAUUAUUCUACAAUCAAGAUAAAACCCUAUCAACCUAUGAUUCCAAUGGAAAUGAAAUCGAGCCGCAUUGGGAACACAAUUCAAAUCUAUUCAAACAACGUUUUGCAAAUCAUCCAGGUAGAAUUGAAAAUCUUUAUUUCACUUUCUUAUUCAUUUUACGUUCAAUUGGUAAACUUAAUCAUUUCUUUACAGACUAUCAAUUCAAUACUGGUAAUCAAUUAGAGGAUCAAAAAACUAAAGAAUUGGUACAACAAUUAUUACAAACUAAAUUAAUGUGUCAACCAAAUUUUGAUGAAACUUUAUUAUUUAAAGAUACAUAUGAUAAAGAUAAUUUAAUUGGACAAUUUAAAGAACAUUUUCAAAAUAUUAGUUCAAUUUUAAAUUGUGUAACUUGUGAAAAAUGUAAAUUAUAUGGUAAAGUUCAAACAAUGGGAUUAGGUACAGCUUUAAAGAUUUUAUUCGAUGAUAAUAUUCAAUCCAUUCAAAGAAAUGAAAUUAUAGCAUUAUUUAAUACAUUAAGACAACUUUCAAAUUCAAUUCAUGGUAUUGAUACUUUAAAUACACCAUAUAAUCAAUCUAGAUUAACUUAUCUCUAUAAAGAGUUGAUUCAAAUUUGGAAUUUCAUUAAACCAUUAUUUGGUAUUCAAUCUUUCUCCUCCUCCUCCUCGAAUAACAAUAAUAAUAAUAGAAAUAAUAAGGGUAUUAGUGGUUUAGAUGGUUCAAAUUCAAAAUCUGAUCCUUCUUCACCUUUCUCAAUCUCAAAUAAUACUCAUAAACCAAUUGCAUCACUUAUCAUUUUAUCUUUGAUUUUGUUAUUAUCAAUUUUGUUCAUAACAAAAUCAUUAUGUAAUAAAUUUAAAAGUAAAAAUAAUAAUAAUAAUAAUAAAAAAGAAUUAAAUUUUAAUAAUAAUAGUAAUAAUAAUAUAGACAAUAAUUAUAAAAAUAAAAUAAAUAAUAAUAAUAAUAAUAAUAAUAAUAAUAAUAAUAAUAAUAAUAAUAAGUUGGAAGAAACUAAACAAACUAAGAAUAAAAAAACUAAAAAAUUGGAAUAA